GCACGUUGCGGCGGCGAAUGGUGGCAGCAGCGGCAGCAAAGAAGCUUCCAGUUUAGGCGAAGGAAGCUCGGUGGAAGGGGUGGCCAUGACAUACAACUAAAUUUAGAUUUCUGUACCAAAUUAUAUGUUUUAAUUUAUGUGCAUAUAUCGGACACUAUAUAUAUAUAGGAAGAUAUGUGUUAGGAGAUCAUGGCGGCAGUGGGAGCUCCAUUGCAUGCACUGGCCAAUAUGGCCUACUUCCCUUCCCAAACUGGCCAAGGGAGUGACUUGACCUAUGAUGAUCUUCAAUCUGACCAAUCGGCGGCAUUCGAUCUCUCCGAUUACAUCUUGUUCGAGGAGGGCUUGGCGCCGGCUUCAUUUGGGCAACCAGUAAAUGCAGUUUCUCCCAUGGUCGAUGCUGAUCAGACUGCUAGCCAGAUUAGUGGAAGCAACUUAACUACUAUUAGUAGUAGUAGUAGUAGUACCAGAAGGAGUGGAGUACUGGAGAGGCUGAGGGUGGCCGAAGGGUCCAGGAUCGCAUUCAGAACGAAGUCAGAGGUGGAGAUCCUGAAUGACGGGUUCAAGUGGCGCAAGUAUGGGAAAAAGUCCGUCAAGAACAGCCCAAAUCCGAGGAACUACUACCGUUGCUCAACUGAGGGUUGCCCGGUGAAGAAGAGGGUAGAAAGAGACAAAGAAGACCCAAGCUAUGUGAUAACCACCUACGAGGGGAUACAUAACCACAUGAGCCCCGGUGUGGUUUACUACACCACCAAAGACACCGCCUCUGGUCGGUUUUAUGUGGCCGGUUGUGAACUGCCUCCAGGUUCAUGAAACCUGAACAUAAUCGCUUCACAAGCCGAAGUACUCAGUCUGGCUAUAGAUAGCCACUAGCGAAGUACAACUGCAAUGCUUUUGGGUUUUAAUUGGAGAAAAAAGGAAAAGAAAAAAGGAUCCUUCCUUUUUUUUCCGAUGGUUAUCGUUCCUGUAAUUACUGAGUAUCAGUUUUCAGUUUUGUGCAUAUGCUUUCAAUUCUCGUGCAAAUGAUUAGCUCGGCUUGUUGAAUGAAACUUUUUCUUGCAUCCAU